AUGGACAUGGAUGAUAAUGAUGAUGACAAUGAUGAUAGUGAUAGCAUGGCCUCUGCUUCCAGCAGAGAGACCAAUCUGAUGAACUCAGCUAAUUACAGAAAAGACAGCAAGAAUGACACCAGCAAUCUGACUGGCCUACUGACAGGUGAUAAGCAUCUUUCAGAAUUCUGCACCUGCAUCAAGCUGGAUCUCAAGAAGACAUAUUAG